AUGAAGCGCUUUAUCCUUGUUAAAGGGAGCCUUGGGUCGAGAGCCUUGGUGGACUUUGUAUCGUCAGACCUGGAGGACAUUGCUCAGAAGUGUUCCCUGUCUUACAAGGCUCUGGUUGCUGUGAGGCGCGUGCUCCUGGCCCAGUUCUCGGCCUUCCCUGCCAAUGGAGCAGACCUCUAUGAGGAGCUCAAGAGCUCCACGGCCAUCUUGUCCACUGGGAUUGCCAGUUUGGACAAGCUGCUGGACUCUGGGCUGUACACAGGGGAAGUGACAGAGCUCAUGGGAGCGCCUGGCAGUGGGAAGACACAGGUGUGCCUCAGCAUUGCAGCCAGUGUGUCUCUUGGCCUCAAGCAGCAUGUCCUGUUUCUUGACUCCACGGGGGGAUUCACAGCCUCCCGCCUCUACCAGAUGCUUCGAGCCCGGGCAGAGGAAGAGGAAGAACAGUUGGAGGCUCUGCAGCGGGUUCAGGUGGCUCGAGUGUUUGAUGUCUAUGAAAUGCUGGGUGCCUUGCAGGAGCUCCGGGACAGCCUCUCCCAGCAGGUGAUGAGCUCCAUGGGACCUCUCAAGGUUGUGCUGAUAGACUCCAUUUCAGCUGUGAUUUACCCACUGCUGGGAGGCAAGCAGUCAGAGGGCUUGGCCCUCAUGAUGCAGCUGGCCAGGGAGCUGAAGACACUGGCCAGGGAGUUCAGCCUCACGAUUGUGAUGACUAACCAGGUGACGAGGGACAGCAGCACUGGUCCCCUGAAGCCAGCCCUCGGUCGCUCCUGGAGCUUUGUGCCCAGCACCCGGGUGCUGCUCGAGAGCAAAGAGGCGACCUGGGAGAAGGCCAACACACAGCGCAUUGCCUCCCUGGCAAAAUCACCCCGGCAGCCAACAGGGAUCCAGGUGGAGCUGGAUAUUGGAAAUGGUGAUGUGCAGGAGCUGAGCCCAACAGCACCCACAGAGGGGCUCUGAAGCAGGUGGAAAAGCAAAUGUCAAGGUCCAAGGUAGUUACAAAAGAGCACGCAAAUGUGCUGAAGGUCUCACAAACUGACUCUGUGGCCUGGCUGAGGUGAGGGGAAAGUGCUGCAGCCCUGGAAGUACAAGGGGAAGAAGCUCUUGUUCCCCUGCAGUGGGGAGAAAAGAAGUGUGGGGUUCCCAGAUGUCCUUACCCUGGUGCAUACAGCCUGUGGUGCCCAGGCUUGUUGGGCAGUGUUGCAAAUGGGCCUAUUGCUGCAGGUGUGUCACAUCAUCAGAGAUGGCCUUAGGUGUUGGCAUGGGACCAGCUGCUAUUUUGCUGUGCAAACACAAGACUCCUCAUGGUGGCUUUGUUCCCUCUAUAACUUGCUACUAUUUGGUCUCAGAGCCCUGAUCUUAUUUGGGUAUCCCAUAGCGGUCUUGGUUAAGGGGGGGAAAAAUGCUGUAUGCUGUUGUAGUUGUCAAGAGCUGGGAUUCAGUUAAUGGUUUCUACUGUUAUCUUAAUUAAAAUUUUCAAGGAUAGUGUUUUCUUGGCCUGUUUAUUCCCUAGUGGGACAGGCUGCUGAUGAGAAAGGGCAUAAUCAGAUGUUUGAGCUAACCUUCUCCCCAGGGUAAUGAUGGGGGCCUUGUAGGCUGGUGUCAGUAUUUCUGUGACACUGCUGUGCUGCAGAAAGCAUUGCUGUUAACUCAUGAAAAAAGGUUAUGAUGGGCCAGAUCAGCUGGGGUGGACAAGUGCUCAUUGAUACCAGUUGGCCUGUCUGCUUAAGGACCCACUUAAUCUCACGUGCUAAUGUUUAAAAUAAUCCUUCCUUGCCCUAGUGGUUUCUCCCUGCUCUUGGCAACCUCCUUGGAGUUGUGAGGUUGGGAUGGAGCGUGGCCUCUCUUCUUGAUCCACGAGCUGCUUCCCUGAGCUCAGCAGCUGGGCAAUGGGCUGGAGCCAUGAGGAAUAGUAGCACCUUGUGUCCGGCCAACUUGGUUACAGGGUUGGGAGCUCCUGCCUGUGCCUGGAGGGGAAGGAGAAGUGGUGAAACAGCUGCGGCUCGUGCAGCAAAGGCAAGUCUAGACCCUCGUGCUCUGCAAGGUGCAAGAAAACUUGGCAGUGGAGCUGAGUUAGGGCUUGCACCUCUGAGGCUGCUAUAUGUUGUGGCAGCUGAGGCUCAUCGUAUUUCAGGUUUCCAGAAGGCAGCACAGAAGGUUUUUCAUGUCUGUCAGAGCUGUGCUUCCUGCAAAACCCAGCUCUGUCAUUUAGCAGGCUGAUAGGUCCUACCUCCUCCUAACUUGGUCACCUGGUGCUUUUGUCCCUGUGCAUGCGGCUGUGGGAAAGGCCAUGCUCCCAGCAAGCCCUGCCAGAAGAGGGGAAAAAAAUGCUGAAACAA